AUGUGGCGACAGUGGACUGCUCUGUUUGCCACAGCGGCCUCCAUCGUCACCGCCACGGCAUCGGUGCAUGGCGUUCGCGACGUUGCCGACAGUCUUGCGUCGUCGACAGCGUCUUCCCCAGCACAGGCCUCGACAUUCAUUACGAGCACCGACGGCACCUGCGGCAACGGAGUAACAUGUGACGGCUCAUCCUUUGGCAAGUGCUGCUCCGAGCACGGGUACUGUGGCGACGCCGAUACCUACUGCGGCACGGGCUGCAAUGCGGCCUUUGGAACGUGCAAUGGUGGCAGCGGCAGCAACGGCAACAACGGGAGCAGUGGAAGUGCCCCGGCCGGGCCAGUGGCCACGUCUGUUGUGUGGCUCACCGAGACGGUCACGGUGUCUCGAACCGCGGUGGCCACCAGCAUAGUCACCUCCACGUCGGUCACCGUCUCCACGUCUUUUGUUACGGCGACGGCCACCGAGACGUCCGGCAUCGCGGCGACAAGAACAUCCACCGUCACCUCAACCGCCGUUGUCACCCGCACGUCGACUGUCCUCUCCGUCUCCACCGUCCGGACAACCACAACUGUUGCGUCCACCGCCGUGUCCACGUUUAUAUCCACCAUCCUGCGGACCAGCGUCACCAUCGUCACGUCAACAGCCAUCGUGACAGCCGGAGGCGGGCCGACCGCGCCAACAAGCCGUCCACCAGCGACCGGCCUUCCGCUGCCGACCGUCACGACCACGGUCAUCGUCUUUGGCGGCGGCGAUGACGGCAACGGCGGCACCCUGCCGUCGUCCACGCUCUGGUUCCCGCAGCCGACACGCACGGGCCCCGGUCGGGCCCCGCCGGCUGCGACGCCCUCGCCCGUUCUCAAAGGCACCGUGAGCGGCUGCACACAGUUCUACCGCAUACAGGCGGGCGACACAUGCGAUUCGGUGUCGGACAAGGAGGACGUGCAACUGGUGAACCUACUUACGUGGAACACGAAUCUCUCGCGCGGCGCCGAUGGCUCGGUUCUCUGUGGCCUCUCCGGUCUGCUGCCCAUCAUCAGCUCGUGCAAGACGUCCUGUGAAAGCCUGCCGGCUGGCUACUACAUUUGUGUCGCCGUGUAG